GGCUGUUCUUCCAAAUGUGAUUGUCACUUGGAGGUUUCAUUUUCCACACCCGUAGCCAUCCUCACCGGUUGCCACAGGCACCAUUAUUUACGGCAUAUCAGCCGGUGGCUUGUUAGUUGGAUUAUUUAGUGAAUAAAGAUUUAUUUCCAUGUGAGAUUUUCUGGGUAUUUUAGUGAAAUGAUUCACAAAAGCUUACAUUGCAAAAAUAUUUAAGGAUCUAUAUAGGAACAUUGGUUUCUGCUCUGAUUUUUCUGUGAGGGGGCUGUGUUUUGCUUUUUAGUGAUAUAGUUGAGAAGCUUGCGGGGGAUUUUUGGGUAGUGUCCAGUGCCAAAGUAAUGUUGCUGGAUUUGGGGGCUAUUGCUAUAUCCUUUGGCUCGGGAGGGCGAGGGUUACUUAUUUCCCUCAACCUCAGGCAACAAAAUGACUGGGGCUGGCUCAGCCUGUCUGCCUCCUCCCAGAAAAGCUGGCCCUUGCAAAGCAGACGGUUUAAAAUCCACAACACCACUGUGGCAUGGAUUGGUUCCCUCAAUGGGAAGACAGAUGGUCUUUUGGAGUGCCCCCCAAUGGGUGGGACUACAGUUCCCAGCAUUCCUCACCCUGCUCACUGGGGCUGAUGGGAACUAGGAUCCAUUUGAAAGUCAAACCUUGCACUCCAGGCAGGCUAAGAAAGCUCUUUCAACCCAGAGGCCCCAUUCGGUAGCAUGGGAGUUGUCUGGAGAUACAGCAGCCUGCAGUGUCAGGGGGAUGUGAGAGGUUCCUAAAACCCUGGAUUGGCAAGAGAAGAAAGAGGAGGGUGAUUACUUUGGAAGAUUUGUCCACCAUCCAGCGUCAAUGUUUUUUAAUGUGUGCGCACGAGAGGGGAAGCCCUGAGCCCUGCCAUGGUUCGCCAUUGUUUGCCUGGACCCUUUGGCCCUACAAGGAGGGCUUUGUCCUUCCGGCACCAUGGGGGAAAACAAACUAGAAGCCAAACCAGGAUGGGUGUGGGCGUGAUUUUGUUCCAGCCACUCCAGAGCAGCUCCGCCAAUGAACCAGGAAGGAAGGGAUGCCAGCAGGAUGGGCACCCCGUGGCACCUCCAGCGUGGUCUCCACCAAGCCUACCACCCCAUCUGAAGGCAUCCUAAGUCCGGUUUGUAGCCAAGACAAUUGGCCAAUUAUGCUACCGGGCCGGGCUUCAGCAUUGACGUGAGCCACCGCUGGCGGCUGAAAGGGGGUCCAUUGUUCCCGCAUCGGAUGGUGGGGGGAGGCAUGGAGGCAAGGGGUGAUGGGGGAGCCAGACAGCUGCCGUGGUCUGGGUCCCUCUCCUUUGCACUUUCAAAGCGAGCACGGCGAUGCAGCCAUGCCAGCGGUGCCCACGCCGGAGACACUCCUGCAUCGGUCCCGUGGCAGGUCGGCUAAGCUUUGAGCUUGAGAAUGGCUUUCCUCCUGGCCACGGCCCCCUGGACUUGCCGGGCAACCCAGGCCUGGUGCUUCAAGGGGCUGCUCCGCAUGGCCAGCGCCGGGAGUCUUUCCUGUACCGCUCGGACAGCGACUACGACUUCUCCUCGCCCAAGGGCAUAUCCCGCAACUCUUCGGUGGGCAGCGACAUGCACGGAGAAGACUUGAUCGUCACCCCCUUUGCACAGGUCCUGGCCAGCCUGAGGACAGUUCGUAGCAACUUCGCCCUCUUGACUCACCUGCAGCAAGAGAGGAGUGGCAGCAAGAGACCUGCUGCUGCUGCCACCUGCUUCCCAAUGCCCAAGGUUGCUCUGUCGGACGAAGCCUACCAAAAGCUGGCAGUGGAGACGCUGGAGGAGUUGGACUGGUGUCUGGACCAGCUGGAGACCUUGCAGACCCGUCACUCGGUCAGCGAGAUGGCCUCCAAUAAGUUCAAAAGGAUGCUCAAUCGAGAACUGACCCACCUCUCGGAAACCAGCCGUUCUGGAAACCAAGUCUCCGAGUACAUUUCCAGCACUUUUUUGGACAAACAGCAUGAGGUGGAAAUCCCAACUUCGGUCGCCACAGAGAAAGAGAAGGAGAAAAAGAAGCGCCCGAUGUCCCAGAUCAGCGGCCUGAAGAAGCUCACACACGGAUCCAGCUUCAGCUGUGCCACCAUCCCUCGCUUUGGGGUCAAGACGGACCAAGAGGCCCUGCUGGCCAAGGAACUUGAAGACGUGAACUGCUGGGGACUCAACGUCUUCAAGAUCGCCGAGUACUCCGGCCACCGCCCGCUGACGGUCAUCCUGCACAGCAUCUUCCAGGAGAGAGAUCUGCUCAAGACUUUCCACAUCCCGGUGGACGUUUUCAUCACCUUCAUGAUGACCCUGGAGGACCACUACCAUGCUGAUGUGGCUUACCACAACAACAUCCAUGCAGCCGAUGUGGCGCAGUCCGCCCACGUCCUACUCUCAAUGCCAGCUCUGGAGGCUGUGUUCACAGACCUGGAGAUCUUGGCAGCCAUCUUCGCGGCGGCCAUUCACGACGUUGACCACCCUGGGGUCUCCAACCAGUUCCUGAUCAACACAAACUCGGAGCUGGCACUCAUGUACAAUGAUGCCUCUGUGCUGGAGAACCACCACUUAGCCGUUGGAUUCAAGCUCCUGCAAGAGGAAAACUGCAACAUCUUCAGGAACCUCUCCAAGAAGCAACGGCAAAUGCUUCGCAAGAUGGUGAUCGACAUGGUCCUGGCAACGGACAUGUCCAAACACAUGAAUCUCCUGGCCGACCUGAAGACGAUGGUGGAGACCAAGAAGGUGACGAGCUUGGGGGUGCUCCUCCUGGACAACUACUCAGAUCGAAUCCAGGUCCUACAGAACAUUGUGCACUGCGCCGACCUGAGCAACCCGACCAAGCCACUGGAGCUCUACCGCCAGUGGACGGACCGCAUCAUGGUGGAGUUCUUCCAUCAGGGGGACUGUGAGCGUGAGAAAGGCAUGGAGAUCAGCCCCAUGUGUGACAAACACCGCGCCUCCGUAGAGAAGUCCCAGGUGGGAUUCAUUGACUACAUCGCCCAUCCCUUGUGGGAAACCUGGGCCGAUCUGGUUCAUCCCGAUGCUCAAGAAAUCCUGGACACGCUGGAAGACAACCGGGAAUGGUACCAGAGCAUGAUGCCACGCAGCCCCUCGCCACCCCCGGACGAGCCGGGAUCCGAGAAGGGUGGAGGCGGCAGCUCGGACAAGUUCAGCUUUGAGCUCACCCUGCAGGAAGAAGACGGAGAGGCGUCGGACCUGGAUCAGGGGGAGACGGAGAGCCCCCUGGAAGAAGAAGAAGAAGAAGAAGGCAGCGACUCCAGAGCCCUGGGUGCCACAGAGGACUCUGAAUCCACCAACGAAAGCUGGCCGUCCCCCACGGACCAAGCGGGCAGCCCCCACCGGCACGCCCUGGUCAAGCAGAAGGAGGCCUUGGGCAGCUUUGAGAGCCGGCAGACCCUCUUGGGAAGCGGCAGCUGGUCCACAGGGGACCCCAGCACCCAACUGGGUCUCGACCAAGAAGGAAACGUCACAUUUUUGACCCUGGGGACAUAAAGGUGGCGGUGGCCGUGGUGGUGGUGGUGGCAGCAGCAAAGUCCCCUGUGGUGGCUGCGUUCUGUGGGGGCUGGAGGGAAGGAGAGGCCUAUGAGGCCACCCCAGACAUCUUAGGGGGCAGCUCCCCAUUGCAAGGGGGAGUCGUUGCUUUCUCUCAAAGACCUCUGUGUCGGAACACCAGACGCUGCCUCCCCCCGCCUCGCCUCUUCCUUGCUGACUUCCAGCGUCUCUCCUCAUGAGAUCUGGGCUGUAUCCAGACCUGGCCCCACCUGCGUCCUCCCCCUCUGAGCACUGGGUCUUGGGCUGGGACCGAGCCCGGCCCAUCCAUUCAGGCUUCCCUACGGUCUCCAGGCUUCUAUUCAUUCCUAGGUGGUUGUGCUGUGCCAUCAGGCCACCUCCGACUUAGGGCGACCCUGUGAAUGGAGUGGUCUCCAAAAUGCCCCGCUCGCUCUUGCAAACUCAAAGGUCGUGGUUUCCUUGAGGGAAUCUUUCCUUCUCCUAUUGGGUCAUUCUCUUUCCCUGCUGCAUUCCUCCUUUCCCAGCAGGAGGGUCUUUUCCAGAGAAUCCUGUCUUUCCACGAUGCGCCCAAAAUAGAACUGCCUCGGCUUCAACACUUUUCACCUCCGGAGCGGAUAGUUGGGGUGGGGUUUGAGCCAGGGCCGAUGGCUUGUAAAGGUGGAGGUUCAGUUUGGAGGAGAGGUGAGGGAGACCACGGAGGUACUCGAUGCUGCUGGUGGGCGAGAAGAGAAAAGACUGGGUGAGAUGGACCAGCUGUCCAGAAAUAUGGAAUGUAAGCGUUGGAAACUCAGAAUGUGUUCCGAGGUUUCAGGCACCUGAAGAGAAGAGAAGACUGGCCGUCCUCACUCCUUGGGAGGCCUCGGGGGGGGGGGCGGAAAAGGUCUACAUGUCCCGUGUUUGUAUUGGCCAAGUUGCUGCCUUUAACUUAUUGGGGCGGGAGGGAUUAUCCUUGUAAAAUGUAGCACAAUGUGUUUAAUAAUAUAAUUACAACAGUAAGCAUUUAGAGACUGGUAUAACUGAACAGCACUAGAAGUGCUGUAUUAUGUAAAUACAGUACUGUAUACGUAUGUAUUUCCUUUCCUACCACAUUGCACUUGGGGGUUUCAUACGAACUGCUGUUUUUAUUUUGGAGUUGCCACUUUUUGUGGAAGGAGCCACUGUCGUCUUUGAAUCAGGGUUGUUUCUUCCCUGGUAUCCGAAUUUUCCUGGCACCUUUAUGCACUUCCCAUCAGCACUUUCUCUGUUCUUUAUUAUAAUAUAAUGUAAUGCCACUCGAUGUUACAAUUCUGUUUUGUUUGUUUUUCAAAGUACGGUAUAAAGCGUGACUCCUUGAGUCUGAAACCUGG